UGAAUGAGACUGGCCGUGGGCAUUAACUCCAUCACAUCAACAAGCUUAACAAUUUGCUGCCUGAUUUACUCAAUGAACAUCUGUGUUAUGAUCUACAGAUGAGUGAUAGCUUACUUCAGCCACUAGAGGUGGGUUAGGAGGAGGGAAAGUAGCUGUCAGAAAGUUUACAGGCAACACAUGCAUUGCAACAUCAUUGUUACAAAUAGCAACACUUGCAGCAACCUGACUGUUGAUCCCAAAAUAAUGGGACCCAUUGGCUCGAGAUGGAUGUGUUGAACUUGUACCCCGUGAGUGGCAAGCAAUUGGCAGACACCUGCUCUCCACUCCCCAACUCGCUGCCAGGAAACGGCACGGCUGCCGUGGUCCUGCUUUGGAUGAUCACAGAAAACAUGAAAACUCCACGCUGUCGCUACACUCGUCUGCCCAACCUGCUGGAAGAAGCCCUGUCUUCAGAACCUGAGGAGUCUACUGAACAAGAGAACCCAGUCUGGACAAGCACAGAAUUUCAUGAGCCUGUGCUAAAUGGGCAAAGCAACAUCCUGCACUUGGAAGAAAUCCAGAAGCUUGCACCACACCUCCCUCUACGAGUGACUGGACACCCAUGGAACCUCACCUACUGUACAGCAAGGGAUGGAUUUAGCCUGAAGACUAUGUACCGAAGCAUGAGCGACUUAGCCUCUCCAGUGUUGUUGAUUAUCAGAGACACUGAAGGCCAGAUAUUUGGAGCCUUUUCUUCUACAGCCAUCCAUGUCAGCAGCUGCUUCUAUGGCAAUGGAGAAACAUUUCUCUUUUCCUUCACCCCACAACUUAAGGUGAUUGAAGGGAUAUCAUCCCCAAAGUAUGAAGGUUAUCGGUAUUUAAGUGGACAGGUAAAAACACCUUCUUCAUGAAAGGAGAUGCAGACUCCCUAGCAAUUGGUGGAGGCAGUGGCAAAUUUGGAUUGUGGCUAGAUGGAGACCUGAACCAUGGAGGAAGUCAGCCCUGUGAGACAUUCAACAAUGAGACGUUAUCUCCCAAAGAGGAAUUCCUCAUCCGAGACCUGGAAGUUUGGGCACU